AUGGAACAACAAUCGAUUAGCAGGGUUCGAGGUGAAGAUGAGGAAGAACCCCGAGGAACCCCAGAUACCGAGGUUGUUGAAUUAUACCAGACACCGAUGGAGCGUGCACGUAUGGACGGAGACUUUGCCCGCCUUGUACCCGAUAACGACAUUGCGAAAAUGGCAUUCAGCGACUUGAUAACGUUUGCGAAGAGCACUCCGGAAGCUGAUCACUCAUGGUACCGCUUAAUGUAUGUUAACGAAACGCAAGAGGUCUCUGCUACGGAAAUGGGGACCAGCGACGAAGAGAAUACGAGCAAAGAGCAUCAAUUGAUUUGGACUGGACACUACAGACUCAAUCUCACGGAACAAUUUCUCCCUGAGCUUUUCGGCCAAUACGGUAUCAUUAUCGGCGGAGGUAGACAAGAGCUGAGAAAUGAAGGUGUCGAUCUGAAGCUAACUAACAGCAAAGGGAGGCAUCGAGUCCGGGGUAGACAUGCUCGGCUCGCCCUCAGUAGUGAUUCAAAUGCUUGGAUGCUCUAUGUCGAACCCGACAAAGUAGUCCGCUUCAAUGGAGAACCGAUUAAGGGUACAGCUCGGCAUCUCAGCGCUCCUAAAACACAUCUUCAAUUUGGGAUUUUACAAUACUAUUUCGAGUAUACUGGAAUGAGCAACAUUAGGUAUCAUGAUCAACUAGAGAGUCUGCGAAAGUCGAACAAGCUCAGAGGCUCGAUGCAUAAAGCAUUAGAAGCUACUCCUACUCAUAAUCUCACAUAUCUCAAGCGCUAUGUGAUACAUCCCCCUUUCGCUAUGGGAUCAUAUGGUGUCAUCUCAGCUUGUGUUCGAUCGGACGGGAUGCCAUUCGCCGCAAAACGUGUCUCCCGGACUAAGAGGUCAGAAUCAGAGAUCGCAAAUGAAAUUGCUAUGUUCGAAGCGGUUCAAGGCCAUGUGAGUAUUUAUGAUCAACUGCCAUCAGUUAAUGAACUGACUCUGCUAUCUAAGCCUAACACUUGUACCUUGAUUGAGGUUAUUGAAACCAAAUCUGAUGUUAAUGAGAGUCCGAUUGACGAUGUAUACAUGAUACAUUCUCCUUUAGCUGAUGGUUCAUUUGAUUUGCUGCGGCUGUCAGACCACCAGUACGAAGUGCGGCUGGACGCAUUUGGCAAGAUCGUCCACGGUUUGAACCACAUACACAGCAAGGGAUACAUGCACAGAGAUGUCAAGCCCACAAAUUUACUAUUUUGUGGUCCAAUGAGCGAGCCAGCUGUGGCAGAUUUCGGCCAAGGAACACGUGAAAGGUAUUCGACUGAUCAUACGAAAGGGACUAUCUACUAUCUCGCACCAGAGGUGCUUAUACUGAAGAAAGAAUCUGAGAUCCUCGUGUUGAAGAAUAAGAUCGUAGCCAGAAAAUCCGAUGUAAAGGAGGAAAAAUCCAGUAACCCCGAGCUGGUGAAGAAAGAAGUUGAGCUUCUUGAGCUGAAGAAGAAAAUGAAACAGACAGGAUCUAAGGAUAUGACUGGGAUAUCUGGACAACCCUAUGGGCCAAAAGUUGAUGUUUGGUCUUUGGGAAUGGCCGGCUACGAGCUCUUCUUUCGUGGUCGAGGAAAACUCAACAUGAAUCUCUCGGCUAUACAGGUUCAUGACCUCAUGUUGAAGUCACUCAAGGCGAGUAAAUUAUCAGCUGCGCCAGCUCUCUGUGCAAUGUUGUCGUGGGAUCCCGAUCUGCGGCCCACGAUGGAUGAAGUAGCAUCCUGGGCUAUCUGGCCAGAAGCUUCACCUCUUCUAGAUAUCACAACCCGUCAAAAACGAUCAAGAUGA